UCUACUUUAUUUAUUUCUUUUUGUUUUGAUUAAAACGUUGCAGUCUCUGAUUUACUGUAUUUUUCAACAAAAGUUAUAAAAUGUUAAAACAACAUGUUUUAGUGGAGUUAAAACAAUUCAUACAAUCUGUAACGAACCAUAAUGGCAAUCCUAAGAAGCUCACAAACAGUUCUUUGCUUCGCAGUAGUUUUCGCCUGCUUGAGGACCUGCCGGCUGCACGCGAGAUUAUCUUAGAAUAUUUCUCGAUAGUAGCUGAAGUAGCCGUACAGAAUUAUUUGGCUAAUGCAAAUGUAGACUACACCACAGGACUGCCAAUUAGGCAGGGCAAACAAGGUGCGGGCCCCAGUUCGAGUAACAAUGCCACAACACAGCCAACGGUCAUCGAGGAUAGUAACUGGGCAGCAGUACAAGAAGCACUAGAAAAUUUAGUAGUUAAAGGUCCGUCAGCUUGGGGUCCAGUAAUCGCUGCGUGGAGUCUUGACCUCGUCGGAAAGUUAUCAGACAGAUAUACCAAACGAAAGAUGUCAAUCGUAGCAGCAUGUAAUUAUUGGCUUAAUUGUGGUGCAAUGCGCGGUUUACUUACCUUGAUUAGCUUGAGUUUCCGCAAACUUACCAAUACGGAGAAAGAAGCUUGCGUGGAAACAUUAUUGGCUGCUUUUCAACGUUAUUCACUUAGUUUUGACUGGGUGGUAGCGCGUCUAGGCGGUUGCUUUCCAUUAAGUAUUAUAUCACAGAUUUUGCAAUGCAGUCUCAAACGUUUUGCGGAAGAUUACCGUUGUGGCUUCGAUUCCGAGUUGGGUAUUUUGGAUUAUUUAUCAUUUGCGCAUGAACAAGAGCUGAAACAAGCAUUGACUGAGCUGCUGAAAGAUGGUUUUAAUCCAAAGAAAAGUUUAGAUGCGUGUAUUAUACCAUUUUUAUUGGUGAUGGCCACAUAUGCCGAUGCAUUGCUGCAAAAUCUGGUGAUUGUGUUUCUCGAAAUGUAUAAUGAUGAACUACGUAAUACUAUAAUACAAAAGACACCUCUCUGGAUGAGCAACAAGGUGUUUGCAGAAAUGCAGCCAUCGCUUAACAGUCUGACGUUACGUUUAAAAACGAAUGGUGCACAUGUACUUAUCGCCGUGUCACAAAUGGCUGAGCAGUACACUUGGUGUCAGGAUUUUCUGGAAUAUAAUCUACAGGACUUGGAGCAAGUAGUGCUAAAUGCCACAGUUUGUCCACUAAUGAAUGACCUGGCGACUGAAGACUCGAAAUAUUUGCUGUGGAAGAAUUGUCUAAGCGCCAAUAUCUUUCAACAACAAACUGCAGUGCGUCUCUUGCUGAUUGUGUCCACACAACAUUCACAUAUUUACUAUCAGACGAUAUCGGAGCUACUACGCAAGUCAUAUGUGACUAAUCCCAACGGUUUGGGUGCCGUAAUACGUGUAAUAGGUGGUCAAAGUGGUGUGGUGGAAUUCCCGUGCAUUAAACCAGGCCUACAAAUGGUGCUGGAAGAUGUGUUGCUGCAGGAGCAAUUCAAACACACACGUUUAAUAAACAGUGAUCAGUCCGAGGCGCUCAACACGUUCAAAAAUCUUAACACGCUAACAAAAAUGCAAAAGAAGAAUUCAUUCCAAUAUAUGAAGCAGAAUCUAUUAUCAAAUGUGCUCAACGAUUGCCUGCCGAAAAUUCUACAAAUACUUGAAGUCACACUAGCCAAAGUGGUGCUACGUAUGAAUAAAUUAGCCGAAGCUAAUAGCGCAGAAAAAUAUAAAGCAGCGAAAAAUAACAAAAAUAAUGGCGGCAACGAAAUUAGUUGUGAAAACAAAAAACUCAAAUUUGGUGCAGCGGAUGCUGAAGUGGAAGCAAUGGAUGUGGAAAACACAGAUGAGGACUCAAAAAUCAUAGUAGGUAUACCGUUAAAUGAUUCCGACGAUAGCGAAGAAGAAGAAAAGGAUGCCAAUCGACGAACUUUAGCGCACACCAUCAUUGACUUACUCAACACAAUUGAAGUUGGCUUGAAAGGCACGGUGCUGCGGUCCACUGAGAUAUUAAAGCUUUCCAUUUUAAGCGUGAAAUAUUUCUUCUUAGCGCUCACCGAAAAAAGUCCCAUAUCCCGCUCGGCUGCAGUUAAUCGUGCCUACUUGCUGCUAGCGCGUCAAUGUGUUGCGCGUAAAGCGGCGCGCACUGCUUGCAUACGCGAGUUAGUGGAGGGUGCACUCUUCUAUUAUGGCUAUCUAUUUGGACAGUAUGAAGAACCCGAAGUGGAUCAGCUUGAAAUACCCGAACAUGAAAUGGUGUUGCUACAAAAUCAACGACAUAGCUUAGGGCCAAAUGCCAAUCGCACCGUGCUGCAUGCAGGUGUAAUUGGACGUGGUUUGCGUCCGGAUUUCUCAACAAAAGAGCUCAAAUGCUGUCCCGCAGAAAUGCAAACAUUGUUGCUCAAAGCGCUCGAUGCUUGCUGCACGGUGGCAGAUAAGCAAAAUUCCGUAGAGGGCUACUCAAUGAUAUCGCUAUUGCUCGUCGAAAUGGUCUCGACGGAUGUCAUGUACAAUGGACUGCCAUUUCCGGAUGAAGAGUUCACUAAGGUGACUAUGGAACGUGAUUUGAUGAUAAGACGCGCCUUUAGCACAUCACCUGUGCUGUGGGCGUUGCUAGGGUUUAUAGCGGCACAUAGACCGGCGCUGUGCUUCUCAUCGGUGCUCUUGCGUGCCAUGUGUGCCACCUGUUUGCAUCAGUGGCGCGCGAAGAAUGUUAACAAAUUCCAGUCAUUCGAUCCCAACGAUGAACUUAUGCGCUGCACGCAAAAACUGCUGCAGUUACUCGCAAUGGGUCAAUUACUGCCGCCGCCGCUCGCCAAUCUGCACGUAAUCAUUGAACACUUUGAGCCGCCAGAGAUUGCGCUGCUGCUGAAGGAGUGCAUUUGGAAUUACUUAAAGGAUCACGUGCCCUCACCGGCGCUCUUUCAUGUCGACAGCAACGAGCUGCAUUGGCGUAAUCCAUACAUGUCCAAAAUUCCGCCACAAUAUGUCGAUACGCUGCGCAAUUUAAUGCAGAAAAAGCUGACGAAAUUGGGUCAACAUUACUAUCAAAUGUUCAUUAUGCCGGAGUUGAAUGAGGCGCAUGUCGCGCAAGUUGGACCCGUCGAUUUAAUGGCCAAUAAGCCGGAGUUAUAAACUAUUCACAUUUAUAAGCAUAGCAUAGUUAAUAAAAUAAGCAACAAGCAACUUUUCAUUUACAACAAA